UUGCUCAUCGAUCGCGCAACUUCCUGUCGCUGUAAUUCCUCAUUGCUAACGGAGGCUUCAUAUCUUAGCCUAGCCAGCUAACUCCACAAACAGAAAAAAACAAUAAUGUGCAUUAAAUUAACGUAUGAUAUUACGUUCCGGAAUAAUACAGCCGUUAAAAUGUGAACGAACAGAGAUCGAUUAAAUUUUUCAAGUCAAAGUGUUUCCGUUAGUUUCAUACUGUAUUGUAUGUUAUAAUGCUAGCUCAGGACUCUAACGUAUAGAUUUUUUUUGAUGGCAGCUAGCUUGGAGUUUCACGUUUUCUUUGUUCGUCGCUAAAAUUAUAUUUUAGGCCAGAUUGUGACUCGACCGCAAAAACGAAAGUUUCUCUUUUGUAGGGCGAUAUCGAUUUGUGUUGACACCUGUUAGUUAGCGCGGCUAGCUAGCGCUCUCCUCAGACUGAUUCUACUGGAAAUGGUAGACGCCCUCAUGUGCCCAUGGAGAAGGCGGCUUUCGAGAGGUGGCUGGAGUCGGUUUCUACCUCCUUCCUGGCGCUAAGCGACCAGCAGCGCAACCAAUCGCUGGACCACCUCAUCUCACUGAGCGGUGCCGCCCAGCUGCGACACCUGUCCAAUGGGCUGGAAGCGCUGCUGAAGCGGGAUUUCCUGCGCCUGCUGCCGUUAGAGCUGGCCUUCUACCUGCUCCGCUGGCUGGACCCCCAGACCCUGCUCACCUGCUGUCUGGUGUGCAAGCAGUGGAAUAAGGUCAUCAAUGCCUGUACAGAAGUGUGGCAGAGCGUGUGUCGAGACCUAGGCUGGCGCAUCGACGAGUCCAUCCAGGAUGCGGUGCACUGGAAGGGUGUUUAUCUGAAGGCCAAACUGCGCAUGAAGCAGCUGAGAGAGGAAGAUGCGUUUGAGACGAGUUCUCUGAUUGGACAUAGUGCUCGAGUAUAUGCUCUCUACUACCGGGAUGGGCUCCUCUGCACAGGUUCCGAUGACCUGUCAGCCAAACUAUGGGAUGUUCGCACAGGGCAGUGCGUCUACGGCAUUCAGACCCACACUUGUGCCACUGUCAAAUUUGAUGAGCAGAAACUGGUAACAGGAUCUUUUGACAACACCAUUGCAUGCUGGGAAUGGAGCACUGGUGCCAAAAUCCAGCAAUUCCGAGGACAUACUGGGGCAGUAUUCAGCAUAGACUACAAUGAUGAGUUGGACACCCUGGUCAGCGGCUCAGCAGACUUCACUGUAAAAGUCUGGUCCCUGUCUGCAGGAACUUGUGUCAACACUCUUACUGGACACACAGAGUGGGUCACUAAGGUGCACCUUCAAAAAUGCCAAGUGGAGUCCAUGAUGCACAGUCCUGGUGACUACAUACUACUGAGUGUUGAUAAGUAUGAAAUAAAGGUGUGGCCUAUAGGGUGUGAGAUCAACUGUAAGUGCUUAAAGACCCUCUCCGUGUCAGAAGACCGCAGCGUCUGCUUGCAGCCACGAUUACAGUUCGACGGCCGGUACAUUGUCUGUUGUUCGGAUCUAGGCAUAUACCAGUGGGACUUUGCAAGUUUUGAUGUCAUCAGAGUCAUCAAACCACAGCAGGAACCCUCCAGCCUCUCUCUACUUGGUUUCGGCGAUGUCUUCGCUCUGCUUUUUGAUAACCACCACCUCCAUGUUAUGGACUUGAGGACUGAGGUCACUGUGGGCCGCUGGCCACUGCCAGCCUACCGCAAAUCCAAACGUGGUUCUAGUUUCUUACCUGGCGUCACCUCCUGGCUCAAUGGUCUGGAUGGCAAGAACGAUGCGGGCCUGGUGUUUGCCACCAGCAUGCCCGACCAUAGCAUUCAUCUGGUUCUUUGGAGAGAGAACGGCUAGAAACACAGAGGUGGUGAAUUCUAGCCCUGUGCUUUGAAAUCAGGCGAGACUUUUACUAACACAACAAAAAGAAGAAAAAAAGGUGCUCUCCAUUUAAAAAAGAAAAAAAAAAGAAAUUACAGCCAACCAAGUUAGAUAAUGCAUGGACCAAAGUGUUUUCAACCCUCUCUUUCUUAGUCACUUGCAAACCGCGCAUUCUACACAUUGCGAUCUAUAGAAAAGGGGACAGCUAAAGAUUUGUAGUACAGACCAUAGCUUCUCUCCAUGAUGUGAACAAUCCAAGGUUUUUGUUUGUUGAAGAUUUAAGAGAUUUUCCACUGACAUUCAGAUUUCAGCUCCUUUCACACCAGUGAGAGGUCGUGAAUUUUCUUUUUUUUUUUUUUUUUAAUUACAAUCACCAAGAUUGACAAUGAAGUGCUUUUGUUUGUUUGAGUGCUACCUUUUCAACAAAUUUGCAUCUCUUUACAAUGUCAGGAAUUUUCCUGUAGACAGUGAAAUGUUGCCUUAAAUCUAUGAUUUUGAAGAAUUUGAAUUUGCAGACCUCUGCAUCUGCAGGCACUGGCUUGCACCCCAUACAUCUGUGUUGGUCAUUUUGCUGAGUCUUGAAAAGGCUCUGAUAAAAUGCAGUCUGAAUGAAUCAAAUGGGUUUUGUAUGAAGGUCAUUUAGAGGUGGCUUCUCGCUGUUACUGACCCUUGGUUUUAUUUUUCGUUCAGUUUAUUAGUCAUGUGCAUUUAUUUUAACACUUAACCCUUUGCAUUUACAGUGUCACAUUUUGAAAUCCAAUGUUACAAUCCUCCCUCAAUGAGAGAAAAAUGUUUUAUGCUUAUUUUUUUAACCUAGUGUAAUCGACACUGUAAGAAUUAGUCUUACCACUAUUUAGCCAGACUAGAUUGCACAAAAAUGUUUCUUGUGAAUCUCAUUGAAUGUUAAUUUUUAAUCUUUAUUUUUAAAGACUGAUCUUAUUUUUUUGCAUAAUCCAGGGCUAACUAGCCUUUGUCACUUUAUAUAGCUGCUUCUGUAGUUGAGUAUAUCCCACUGGAACAUUAGAACAAAUAACUUUUUAUUUUCCCAAACCAUCAAAGCAAAUUAAUUAGUUUUUUGGGUUGAUAGUUUGUGUUUCUCACCAUGUUGCUCAUACAUUUCAUUGGAUCGAUACGGGAUCAAAUUAUGAUUAACCGAAAAUGUCAUUGGGGAGUUACGACAUCUGUAUGCACUGGUCGUGUGUUACUUCACUGAAAUUCAAACCUCACAGACAGUAAUGCCAUCCAUCCAUCAUUGGCAGAAUUCAGGUCUGUUGUUUGUAUAACAAAAUAACAUGCUGUCUUACAAAUAAAUGACAGUAGCUAAUUAUA